AACCCAGCGAGAACAGGAGGAAGGCGCAAUUGACUCAUAAACUUGAUUGAGCGGGGGAGAGGUUUAUGAACUAUACACAUUGGUUCACAUUUCCACGGAUCCAAUCAACACAUUAGUUCCAAGGUUACCAAGAGAAGAAUCAAGAUGCUUUCUGCAAACGAUAAAUCUUCGACGACAACGUCGAAUGGACUGAAUUCCAACCUCUUUGGUGGAUAUACCAGGCAACAAACACAACAGCAACAAUCUACGCGUCCAGAGCCAUAUUAUCGCAGUUACAGCCAGAAUAUGUCUUCCGGAGAGUCGCUGCAGCAUAUCUGGAUAGUGACAGGACCCGCAGGGUCAGGCAAGACGACCGUUGCAAAGAAUCUUCAAGCUGAGAUGGGACUACCCUUUUUGGAGGGGGAUGAUUUCCACCCGCAAUCCAAUAAAGAUAAGAUGGCCAACGGCAUACCCCUUACAGACGCAGAUCGAUGGGACUGGCUCAUAUCCCUCCGCGACGCCGCCGUUGACAUCCUCUCGAAACCAGCAGCAGAUACCUCCACCACCAACAUGAGCGAUGGAACCCCUGCUCCGCCAACAGGAGUAAUCAUGUCCUGCUCCGCCCUCAAACUCAAAUAUCGCGACGUCAUCCGUGUCGCCGAAUACUACAACCCAUCCCUUCGCAUUCACUUCAUCUAUCUCAAAGCCGACGAGAAGACUCUUAUGGACCGUGUAAAUAGUCGCUCAAGUCACUACAUGAAGAGUAAUAUGGUGCAUUCUCAAUUCGAGGCUUUGGAGGAUCCCUCCGAUGAGAAGGAUGUCAUUGUCAUUAAUGUUUCGGUGCCUCCUGAUGAGGUUCGAAAGCAGGUGUCGGAGGCCGUUUCGAAGAAACUUGCGGAAUAUAAUUGAUAGCCUUUUCUUAUUCUAUUUGUCGAUCUCUUAUUUCUAUCAGCAUGAAACAUAGCGGAUAUAGCGUCCGGAGUUUUUAGCCGCGGAUAGGGGUCAUUGGCUACCAACUGUGUUGGUAUAUUUCGGUUUGUGCUUUUGGUUAGAUAGUAUGAUGUUUGAACUUCUGAGUAUCAAGGUAGUUGCUUUACUGGCAGUUUCGGUCGAAUUAUAGCGAUUGCAGCGAGAUCGUUCCAUAUCCUCAUGAUUAACAUAAUCCUGGACUGAAACAUGAUAUGCAAUUAAAUCUAUGCAAGUUUAAAUAAAUCAUGUAUACAUUCAUCGCAAUCGUAUCAACAUCUUAUCCGGUGACUCCACAUACUCCUUAACCUUGCUCGCCAUCCUCGCCAUCGUAGCACCAUCAAUAACCCUAUGAUCCGCACUCCAACUAAAAUUCACAAUUUCCCCCUUGGUCACUUGACCAUUCGCAUCAAAGACGGGGAGUAUCCUCGAUCGUCCAACACCUAAUAUAGCCACUUCCGUCGGCACAAUCACUGGUGCCAGGUAUGUACCCCCUAUAUUACCAAUGUUGGAUACCGUGAUGGUUCCUCCCGUGAUAUCGGCAGGUUUGAGUUUACCUUCCUUACCCAAUGCGCUUAAUCGGGAGAUUUCAGCGGCAAUUUCAAAAAUUGAUUUGGCGCCGACGUUUUUGAUAUUGGGUACUAUGAGGCCCUGGGGUGUAUCCAUGCCGAUGCCGAUGUUGUGAUUUACGCGCAUUAUCAGUUUUGGUGCAGAGGGAUCUGAUAUAUCGACUUUGGCGUUGAGGAUGGGAUAUUCUUCAAGAGCUAGAGAGACUGCUUUGACGAUGAAAGCUAGUGAUGUCACUUUUUGAGUGUUGUUUGGGUCGCUGGCGAGCUUGCGUCGAAGGGCGGUCAUGGUGUUGAUAUUGAGUUCGUCAGCGUAUAGGAGAUGAGGGAUGGUUAAUGAUUUGGUCAUGGUCUUGAACAUUUGUGAUUGAAUGUAGGUUAGUGGUUGUGUAGUUUCGACUUGUGGUGAAUCGCUUGAUGCCAAUGCUCUGGUAGCUGUACUGGGGGGUACUACAGAUGCUGUUGCGCCUGUCGUUCGGAGUUGAUCUCUCUCAGAGAUAAAUCUCAGGACAUCUUCCUUAAGUACUCGCCCAUCUUUGCCGGUCCCUGUUAUAUCGAGGAUGUUGAGGUUAUGUGUUUUGAGCAUCCCGCGCACGGCAGGUGUUGCGAGCGAUGCAUAUCUUGACGGUGAGUUUUCCUUUUGCUCAGAUGUGACUUCAAUACGAGUCUCCGUAGGUUGAACAUUCUCGCUGACUGUAGCUGGCUCCUCUGUAUCUGGUUUGGCCGGUUCUUUGUUCGUUGCUUGUGCAGGGAUAUUGUCGUCUGGAUAUAGCGCAUCAUCAACCUCGAUGUCACAGAGC